UAAACGCGGAAGCGGACGUUAUCGGAACAGGACGGAGCUAACAAAGCUAGCAGCCAAACAAAAAUAACUGACAUACCUGACGGCUUCCUCCCCAGACGAACCGACACUGUGAACCGACUCGCUUUGACAGGUUAAUGCUCAUGCAGGAGAGCAGGCUGCUGUCAUGUUGACCGGGUUGGUUGUAUUUGGAGACUCUUCCUUCCUCCGGACUGAUGAUGUCGGUGGGACUCGCUAGUUUCGCCUGACCUCCUCUCAGCACCGCUGCUGCUGCUGCUUCAUAGCCUGGCUGUUGUUGGACUCUCAGCUCGGGGAAUGACAAUGCACAGUGCCGGAGCGUCCCAGGACCCGUCACAGGGUACAGGGGAGCUGGUACACACACUGUCCAAAGAGACCCCCGGGUCUCCAGAUGCUUCUGAGUUGGGGAGCCCACGGUGUAUACCAAACUUUGACCUCCUCAACAUGGUCGUGUCCUAUAAGAGAAUGGCUCUGUUUCUAGAACCAGUUGCAGAUUCAGUGGAGCUGAGCCGCUUCCUGCUCGAAUGGAAGAUGCCCCUGUGCUCACUGGUUGUCUGUAUAUUCCUUAAUGUCUUCCUCUGCACUGUUAAUGAAGUGGGUUGGUUCUCAGUGGGUGUGGUGGCAGUGUCUGCGCCUGCUGCCUUGGGUUACCUGCAGGACAGGUGUGGGGGCAGAGCCUCAGAAGCUGAGCUCCAGAAGAGGCGCUAUCAUGCUGUGCACCGCAGAGACCUGCAGACAGUACAUCUCACCAAACAGGAGGCCAUGCUGGAAGUAAAAGACCUGUUGAAACACCUGGAUGACAUGCUGUCCUCUGCCUGUCAGUCAGCAGAAGCUUUUUACAAGGUCCUGUACUGGGAUAAUCACACCAAGUCAACAAGGUUCUAUGGAGGGAUGUUAAUAGUGGUGUGUCUGCUCUAUGUCGCUCCUGUGGGCUGGGUGCUCGCUGGGCUCAACAGCGCCAUCUUCCUGUGGAACAGAGACUUCUGCAGAGUUUUGUUCGACCUUAGGAAGCUCUUCCACUUGGGCCACACCAAGGCCACAGAAGGGCUGAGUGAGGAACAGCAACAAAGCAACUUGCUGGACCGGACCCCCACACCAACUAGUCUGGAGGACCUGUCUCCUGGAAGUGUGGAGGAGGCUGAGGAAGCAGAACCUGAUGAUGAAUUUAAGGAUGCCAUUGAGGAACAUUCAGUUUCGCUGCAGGAGACCCCUUUGGUCUUAGUGGAGGAUGACGAUGGGCCUCUUGGAGCCCCGGAGUACGAUACCAUCUCUGAAAAUGGUCUCUUGAGCCGCAACGAACCAAUACGCAGCAAGGUGUCCAAACUGACGGAGAAACUGCGCAAACGCUACCCCACCACCAGCACAGGCAACUGUUCUAGCUGCAAUGCUGUCUUCUCAGUGCUGAAGAAAAGGAGGAACUGCAGUAACUGUGGCAACAGCUUCUGUUCUCGAUGCUGUUCCUUUAAGGUGCUGAGAUCUUGCAUGGGGGCAACAGCUCCAGAGGCCCAGAGAGAGACCGUGUUUGUUUGUGCUGCCUGUAAUUCUCUUCUCAUCAAGUUACAGUGAAGAUGGCAUGUCGGUUUUGUCUCCCGGUGCCCAGUGGGAGGUCACUCACUGUUUGCCCCCAAGCCCUUCACCAAGUUACUGAAACCCUCACACAUGCCUUGGUUUUCAUGUUAAGGCACUUAAUAUCUGUCAAGAUACCUCCUGUGUUGAACUCCAAGACCCUGCCAUGCCUUUUCCUGCUGCAUCCCUCCUUAGCUACUGUGAUAUGUUACAUAUUUCCUGUUUGAACUCUCAGUGAAGAACUGGACAUUAUGAAUCAAUGAGACUUAAUACAGAUUAUAAUGGCUCCAAAAUCAAAGGAUCUUGUUGUUUCCCUUGCUGAGCAGAGGGAAGUAAAAAGCAUGCACAGUGGAGGUCAGGAUGCUGAUGCUGACGGGUGAUGCAAAUAAUCCUAUUGGAUGUCAGUGGUUUUGCUUUUACAUGCUUUGCCUCCACCUGAAUGUUGAUACCUUCAGCCCUGUGUAGCAGUUUAACUUUGCUGUAAUGCUGAGAGGACUUUUCUGUACGAUCAAGACUAAGGCAGUGUUCAUGCAAAACAGAAUGUGAAUGGCUGUGUGACAAAAGAGGCUCUGCGUUUAGACUUGAUUGCUGCAGCGUGUGGAGGCUUACCAUCUAAAUUUUUUUUCACACAGAUUUGUUCAUUGUCCUCCAAUACACUGUAGGUGGUCAACAAUGUCAUGUGAUCAGUUCUCAGUUUGUCCAACUUUUCAAGGCCAGUGAUUUUGGUGUACUUCAUGUUUCAUUGAUUACAUCUGCCCCCAGUGCAACCUGCAUUUCUGUAUACUACCCAUGUGGGUAUUCACGUUAUUUACCAGACCUAAAAUCCAGAAUAAUUCUAUGGGAUCAAACUGAAAAUGCAUGGCCUGCAAUGAAUCCCAUCACAUUUCUGCCAAACUGCUGGUGAUGGUGUACUGGAGGGCUGUGAAGUUUGACAAACCAGCCUGUUCUGCUUUGAGGGAUCAAACUGAUGCUUCAUUCUGGUUGAUGUUUUUUUUCCCUGUGUGGACAUGUCAAACCGGCUUUUUUUGGAGUAAUUCAACAGCCUAAAAGACCAGAUUUCCCUGCAGCCCAAGCUUUUCUGUUAAUCGGAUCAAAGUCAACCCAACUGGAUUAAAUUCAUUUGAACAGACUGAGAAACCACCUGAAACUGUCAUCAGAGCCUCACACCCUUGCAAGCAGGACUUAAAAGAAUUAAUGUGGAGGCAUUAUAGCCCAAAAGGUGGCUCUUGAUGGCAAAGUUGUUUUAAUCAUGGUUUGGACACGGAUGAUUGUAACUGUUUGCUUUGCUUUUAUUGUAAUUGUAAAAUAACUGUUAGUGUUAAUUGUUCUACCAUAUCUAAUAUAUUUAAUUUAAAAUCCAGAAACUGCAAAUGAUUAUUUGACCUAAUGAUGAAGUUUGUAUAUAUUGCCCCUUAUUUUAUGGUUGAAACAUGCUAUCAUUGAAAUAAACUCUGAUGAUUUAAUUAAUUUAAA